AUGGCGUUGAGAUCAAGCAUGACGACGAUGAUUUUAACACAAACACUCUUAUUUUUAUUCGUUUCUACGCUCGUAACCGCUGGAUCUCCUUCCCCUCAGCCCGCACUCGCUCCUCCUGCGCAUGUUCCUUCUGCGUCUCCCAUUUCCCCCUCUCCCGUCGCCCACUCACCGACACCGACACCAUCUCCGGUUGAACACUCCCCGGCUCCGACGCCGCCUUCCGUGAUCGCUCCCUCUAAAUCUCCGUCUGGAGGGGUGGUGGUUUCUCCCGCGCAGUCUCCGUCUAUCUCUGACGUUCCUGCCGCUGCACCUGUUUCGCACGGCGUUGUAUACAGAGGCUCUGUUGGAUUGGUGGCGGUUAGCAUAUUGACAGUUGUUGCUUUAGCAGCGUAG